GGGGGCGGAUUACGGCUUCGGCCCCGGCGGGUUGGGCGGGCGCUGCCCGGGGCAGGGGGCCGCGCUCUCCCGGGCUGCUGUGCCUGGAUCGGCGAGGACUGGCCGCCUUAUCUUCGGGAGCAGCGCGGGCUGCUGGGGAGUUACACGGUUCAAAGAGCGGCCUAGGGAAAGGGGCAGCAACUGCAAAGCCAGAGUCGAGCGAACGCUGAAUUUCCUGGGCUUCAGUUAUCUCUGAAAACUUUACGCAGCGUUUGAUCGAACACCGCCAGCGGAAUAGCUCGGGUUUGCCUUCAUGCAGGAUGCUGUAUUCUCUGCUCCUUUGUGAAUGUCUGUGGCUUAUAACUGGUUAUGCUUCUGAUGAUGACUGGAUUGAUCCCACAGACAUGCUUAACUAUGAUGCUGCUUCAGGAACAAUGAGAAAAUCCCAGGUGAAAUAUGAUGUAUCAGAGAAAAAAGAUGUCAGUCCUGACUUGUCAUGUGCUGAUGAAUUGUCGGAAUGUUAUAGCAAACUUGAUUCUUUAACUCAUAAGAUCAGUGAGUGUGAAAAGAAAAAGAGGGAAGACUAUGAAAGUCAAAGCAAUCCUGUUUUUAGGAGAUACUUAAAUAAAAUUUUAAUUGAAGCCAGGAAGCUCGGACUUCCUGAAGAAAACAAAGGUGAUAUGCAUUAUGAUGCUGAGAUUAUCCUAAGAAGACAAACCUUGUUAGAAAUACAGAAGUUUCUCAGUGGAGAGGAUUGGAAGCCAGGAGCCUUGGAUGAUGCACUAAGUGAUAUUUUAAUUAAUUUUAAGCUUCAUGAUUUUGAAACAUGGAAGUGGCGAUUUGAAGACUCUUUUGGAGUGGAUCCGUAUAAUGUGUUGAUGGUGCUUCUGUGUCUGCUCUGCAUCGUGGCACUGGUGGCUACCGAGCUGUGGACCUAUGUGCAUUGGUACACCCAGCUGAGACGGGUUUUAUUCAUCAGUUUUCUCGUCAGUUUGGGAUGGAAUUGGAUGUAUUUAUAUAAGCUAGCCUUCGCACAGCAUCAGGCCGAGGUUGCCAAGAUGGAGCCGUUAAACAACGUGUGUGCUGAGAAGAUGGACUGGAUUGGAAGUCUCUGGGAAGUGUUUAGAAGUUCAUGGACCUAUAAGGAUGACCCAUGCCAAAAAUACUAUGAGCUCUUGUUAGUCAACCCUAUUUGGUUGGUCCCACCAACAAAGGCACUGGCAGUUACGUUCACCAACUUUGUCACGGAGCCAUUGAAACACAUUGGAAAAGGAGCUGGUGAAUUUAUUAAAGCGCUCAUGAAGGAGAUGCCAGUAUUACUUCACAUUCCCAUGCUGAUAAUUAUGGCACUGGCUGUCCUGAGUUUCUGCUAUGGUGCUGGAAAAUCAGUUAAUAUGCUGAGACAAAUAAGUGGUCCUGAGAGAGAACCACCCCGGGCACUUGAGCCAGGUGACAGAGGACGGCAGAAGGAAGUUGAUUAUAGACCCCAUGGUGGAGCAGGUGAUACAGAUUUCUAUUAUAGAGGCCCGAUCGGCCCCGUUGAGCAAGGCCCUUAUGACAAAACAUAUGAGGGUAGAAGAGAUGUUUUGAGACAGACAGAUGUUGACUUGAGACUUAAGACUGGCAACAAGAGCCCCGAAGUGCUCCGGGCAUGUGAUUUACCAGACGCAGAGGCGAGAGAGCAUCCCAAGGCGGUACCCAGUCAUAAAUUUCCCGUUUUGGAUGCAAAGCCCAAAGAGAUUGGAAUCCCAGGAGAAAGCACACUGCCAGAAAGCAGCACUGAAAGCAGCCAGUCCACUAAGCCUGUCGCUGGUGCAGAGACAUCAGAGAAGGCGGAAGGUACAUCUGUGGAGGAAAAGGGCCAGCUCAGGACCGAGGCCAGAGGCAGCCCAGAGGAAGGCGGUGGUGCAUCCAGCCCCGCCAGCUGUGGAAAGGACCUGGAUGCUGGCCCAUGUGGCUAGAGGAACACAGACUCGGACCACAGCUCCAAGGUCGUCUUUGGGUUUUGUAAAGUAUACUCUUCACAACCGUGCACUCUUCUCUACACAUAUUCUGACAUUUACUAUGCAGGUGCCAACUUCUACAUUAACAUUUUUAUUGACCAUCAGGACGAAUGAAUACACAUGUAUUUCUGUUUAAUUUUUAAUCUUUUGUCAGUUUAAUUUCAUUUUCAUAUUGAAACCUCCCAAAAAGUUUUAAAGUGUUAAUUUUGGAACGGGAUAUCAUCGAUGAACACAUGGCAAGUAUCACUGAUUUCAAAUAAAGAGGUCAGUUUGAUUCA